AUGGGUUUGCCUUGGUAUCAUGUUCAUACCAUUGUAUUGAAUGAUCUCGGUCAUUUGCUUGCUGUCCAUAUAAUGCAUACAGCUCCGGUUGCUGGUUGGGCCGGUUCGAUGGCUCUUUAUGAAUUAGCAGCUUUUGAUCUCUCUGACCCUAUUCUUGAUCCAAUGUGGAGACAAGGGAUGUUUGUUAUACCCUUCAUGACUCAUUUACGAAUAACCAAUUCAUGGGGCGGUUGGACUAUCAUAGGAGGGACUAUAACAAAUCCAGGAUCCAAAGCUUGGUCUAAAAUUCCUAAAAAAUUAGCUUUUUAUGAUUACAUCGGCAAUAAUCCAUCAAAUGAGGGAUUAUUCAGAGCGGGCAAUAUGGACAAUGGGGAUGGAAUUCCUGUUGGGUGGUUUGGACACCCUAUUUUUAGAGAUAAAGAGGAUUGUGAACUUUUUGUACAUUGUAUGCUUACUUUUUUUGAAACAUUUCUAGUUGUUUUGGUAGAUGGAGAUGGAAUUGUUGGAGCCAAUGUUCCUUUUAGAAGGUCAGAACCGAAAUACAGUGUCGAGCAAGUAGGUGUAACUGUUGAGUUCUAUGGCGGCGAACUCAAUGGAGUCAGUUAUAAUGAUCCUACUACUGUGAAAAAAUAUGCUAGACGUGCUCAAUUGGGUGAAAUUUUUGAAUUAGAUCGUGCUACUUUGAAAUUCAACGGUGUUUUUCAUAGCAGUCCGAGGGGUUGGUUUACUUUUGGACAUGCUUCAUUUGCUUUACUCUUUUUCUUCGGACACAUUUGA